UCGAGCGCCUUUGAAUCGUAUAAAUACAAGUCUGGCCUUUUGGCAAGCGAGCAAAAGCAAAAGGCGAGGAAAAGCGCCCGCAGUCAUGUCAAAAUCAAACAAAACCCAAAUCCGUAGCAGGAGCAGGAGCCGUUGCUCGAGCUCGAACCGAAGCCGAUGCCGUCUCUGGGCUGAGUUUGUUCUGCUUUUGCUGGCGACACUAAUCCCGCUCCUGCAGGCCGGGAUUGUUACGGAUCCGGACACCAGCACCACCAGCACUAUGAACCCGUAUGCGGAGGAGUCCACAACCAAGGUGGGAGACGGGGGACCGAGACGCGUCGACUGCAAAUUGACUUUCGAUGCGGCGACAAUGGACUCGUUAGGCUGCCACAAUGAUGAGCCUGUCCCGGAGGAGAAUCUGGGUCCAAAGGAAAAUGCAGGCGAAAAGCCGGGGGUGCAAGAGCCACAGGAUGGCUUGCAGCUGCAACGCCACUUGAAGGCACCGGACAGCCAGCCCAUCUAUGAAUUACAAUUGGUUGUUUGGCCGUCGGACAUUGAGGAUGGUGAUGACUUCAGUCCGCCGCUGGCCACCACCACCACCAGCACCACCACCGGAAGAACAACAACCACAAGUACCACCAGUACCACCAGUACCACAAGUACCACCCCCAAAGCGCCCGAAGCCACUGGCAGCGUCUCACCUAUUGAACAAAUAUGGCCAUUGUACGAGGAUCAAUUGGUCGUAUUUCCGCAAAUGGACUUUGAAGAGGAGAAUCUUGAUUAUUUCUUCGACGAUUCGGGAAGUCCACCUAGCCCGGCACCAAUACCAGCACCAUCACCAGCUCCUACCACAACUCCUGCAUCCACCAGUGUACAUCCCACAGGCACACCCACCCCCACCCCCAUUUAUGUUGUGCAAAAUUAUCACGUCAUACAUCCCAAUGGCACCGAGGAGUACAAGUUAGUCAUGAGCAAUGGCUUGGUAAACUACAAGAAGAUCUACCGGAAAACCGUUGGUGAUCAAGUGAUUAAUGUUCAGGAGGGCUACAACUCGGUGCCCAUACCAGGACCCAAAAAUCAAAUCCAGACACAGUACUACAUUGCCGAUGAACGAGGCUACAAUGUAUAUCGAAUUGAGAAUACCUACCACCCGCAAGGAGUGCCCAAGCAGGAGACGCGGAAUAAAAUCAGAACUGCGGCUCAUAUAUGAGCAAGGAUGAGCAGGAAACCCAGA